AUGUUCGAUGGGACCGACGACGACGGGAGCCUCGAAGACCUCGAGCGAGAACUCGCCGAGUGCGAGCAAGAGCUCGUGCUAUGGAAGCUCCGCCGCUCCCGCGCUCUGAAGAAGCGAGCGCUCGAGGCGCUGCCAAGCCCGAGCCCCGACGCGUCGCCCGUCGCCGAGCUGCCGAUGGAGCCAAGAACCGAGACGUCGCUGCAAGCAAUUGCGAGCUCACCAGUGCGAAGCCACAGUCCGCAAUCGUCGAGCCCAUCCGCCCAUUUGGUACCUGUGCAGAGCCCGUUGCCAGCGCCGAUUGCGAGCCCAUCGCAAGCCGAGCCAACAACGGUUCGAAGCGAGUUGCCAUUGGCGCCCGUUGCCAGCCCAGAACCAAGCGCGAGUCCGACCAUGUCGUCCCAUCUGACCAUUUCCACGACCACGUCGGCGAGUGCAACGCCGCAACGCCUCACGUCGCCGCUGGGCCCGCUCCCGGACGAGGCCAGCCAAGAGGAUCGGCGGCUCCUGGUCCAGAAACUCCGCGAAGAAAAAGCCAAAGUCGCCCGUCGCGAAAAGAUCGCCGAGCUCGAGAAGGCCGCGGCCGAAGCGCUCAAGAAGCAACGCAUUGCGCGGGAGAAGCUGGAGCGCGUCAACCUGCAGCGCGCCGCCGCGCCGCCACCGAUCCGCACGACACACACGAACAAGCGGCCGCUGCCCGUGUCUGCGACGCCGCCUCGGCACGCCAAGCGCCAAGUCAUGCCCACCGACAAGCCGCUGGACCCCGAGGCAUUGGCCCUGCCCAAGGCCGUGGCGCUGCCGCUAGCGUCGCCUGGCGACCUCCUCUCGCACGUCUUCCGCGUCUGCACCCGGUCGCUCAUGCAGUCCAACAAGUCGCUCUCGGUGCCGCAGCUGCAAGUGCUCUGCCAAGAGUACUUUGGUAAGGAGUUUGGUCUUGUCGCGCAGGCCUGCGGCGUGGCGUCGGCCGACCUCGGCCAGCUCCUAUCGCCUUACGCCUACUUCCGCGUCGCCGUCACUGGCCUCUCGGCGCCGUCAUCGCCCGUCGACGCGCCAAGCAACGAGUGGCUCAUCCCGUCAUUGCGCUGCGACUCGGCCGAUGCACUCGCUGCAUUUCUCCACGCGUCGCGCGAAGGCGUGCUCGGCGUGCUCCAGCUCACGUCGGUCCUCGCGUCCAAAGAGAGUGCGCUUCUUGACGUUGUCAAGGCGCAUGCGAUGCUGCACGCUGCGGCGCCAAGGCGGACCUUCCUCGAGCUCUGCUGGCCGCGCGCCUCCGAGGUGACGAUGCCGGCUCUCUCCAACGGACUCGUGUUUCUGCAUUUGCUCGAGCGGUCCGAAGCGACGCGUGGCGGCAGCGCGGCGGCAGCGACAAGCAGCACGCACCCGACGACGCCGUUUCCGCUGAGGGACGCGUCGCCGCUCGUCUCGCUGCGCUCGUUUCGGUUUACGCCGGCGUUUGCGACGCUGUACCCGACGACGUCGGUCUUGAGCAACGCGUUUGCCCACCGCAUUGACCCCAACAAGGUGCUCUGUCCUUUUGAGCUCCACGGCGUCUGCAACGACGACCAGUGCAACUACCAGCACGAGCGCGACUACGCCGUGUCGUCGUCGACAGCGCUGCAAGAUCUCGGACGUCUCCACCCGCUGCCCGAGACGGACGCCAGUGCCAGUGCCGAGUCGAUCGCGGCGGCGUGGGUCAGUACCGUGCAAGCCGCGUCAGCAGCAGCUUCGGACGUGCUUUUCCUCCGCGGGUCCAAGGCGCCGACCAAAGCGAGCGGGGCCCACCAAGCGUGGAUGGACUUUACGCAGAGCCUCGUCUCGUUGCGCAAGAUGGAGUAUGACUUGGGUCUCGGCUACUUGGACGAGGAUGAACUGCCAAUGCCGAGUCCGAGUCCAAUGACACCGCGCCCACACCAGCAGACGAGUCUUCGGGAUGCGGACCAAGAUAUGGAGGUCGAUGACGACGAAGAUUUUCUCGCGCUGCCGCCGGCCGAGCCGGUUGCGGUCCUGUCGGGGCAGCGCUACCACGCGAAGGAGUACCUUCAGCACGCCAUUCACGACUUGGAGCGACAGGUUGCGCUCAACCCCGAGGACGCCGAUGCGUGGGUCUCGCUGGCGCUCAUGCACCUCGACAUGGAGCUGCCGCCGCACUUGGACGACGUUGGCGUGGUCUCGAGCGACGCCCACCUCCGCCACGUACUUCAGGCGUUGCGGAGCCGGUUCCACGCAGCCUCGAAAGAAAAGGAGGAUUUGGCGCUGGAGAAGACGCUGCACGUGCUCAGCCGCGCGCUGGAGAUCGAGGCAAAUGUAUACAACAAGACGCUCUGGCGCCUCUACUUGGCUUUGUACCCAGACGACGCGACGCGCCAAGAGCUGGCGCAGGAAGCACUUCGUUUCCUGCCGGCGUCCCGGUCGCUCUGGCUCACCUUCUUGGACCGCGGGCGCUUCGAGUCGGUCGGCGUCGCCCAGGUGCUCUACUACCGGUCGAUCGAAAAGCUGCUUCGGCACGGCGACCCGGACACGAGCUCUGCCAUCGUGUACGCGCUCGUUCUGCGGCUCGUGGCCCUCUACGUUGGCGCGGGCCAGAUCGCGGCGGCUUAUUCGCUGCUCUUGUCACUCUUGGUACCCGAGAAGGCCGACGCCAAGCCCCUCUGCUUUGCGUCAUUUGAGUUUCACGUGGCCGAGUACUGCCAGCUCUGGCUCCUCCUCGUGCAUCUCGAUGCCUUUGGACGCCUGCCCGACAACGUCUUGGAGAAGGCGACGGCGCUCGACUGGGUCGUCGUGCGCUGCGCCGAGCGACUGGCGUCCGACGCGAUGCUGGCGCUGGCCGUGGCCAACAUGCCCCAGGAUGCGUCGCUCUUCAACGCGGUGCUCCUCCUUAAUUACCUUGUGCUCUGGCCUGCUGCACGCGCCGACGUAUUGCCCAAGCUUGUCGACGCGUUGUCGAUGGCGUCCGUCGCCGACGACGACGUCGUGACGCUGCUGCAUCACGCGCACACGAUCGUCGGCGGUGACGCGGCGCUGCCGACACCGGCGUCGGACUCGCCGGCGCACCUUGUGUACAGCAAGAACGUGUCCAGCUUGUAUCCGCGCGGAGCCGUCGACGCGCCCGACGUGUGGGCUGACAAGCAGCUGCUGUCGUGGGCCGAUGCGUUUAUCGACGGAGAGGGAAGCGUCUUUACCGGCCUGGCGCUGCUCGAGUUCAUUGCAGCAGUCGCGGGGUCGCCUGUCGCGUCGCGGCAGCUCGACUGGCUCUUGCAGCGGCCGCGAUUCAAGUCGAGUGUUCAUGUGCGUGCGCAGCAGACGCUGUGGUGCUACCGUCUCCACCUCGAAGACGCUCUGGACGCGGUCGAGGCCGUAUGGAAACGGUACUUGGCGUUCGCGGCCGACGACGCCAUGCCCGUUGCGAGCGUCCGCGCGGCCGUCGACUGGUGUCUCUCGCCGCCAACCCAUUCGGCGGCGCUGAAAUUUGGCGUCUUCCAAGUGCUCCUCCGCGCGCUGCCGAGCUCGAUGCAUGCGGCGCUCUUUGCGCGGUAUCUCUACGUCCUCGGCGGCCACCCGCCGUACCUCUUGGCCUUUGCGAGCACGUCGCUCACGGACCGCCACCGAAGCAGUCUCAAGCACGCGGUUCGUGCGUGUCUCGAGAAUACGCACGUGGGCGACGCCGACCUCGUCGGCCUCGCUGUGCGCCUCGAGCUGCUCGUUGCGCCGACGCGCGCGUCGAUGCUUCGUGUUCAGUCGCUCUUGCGGUCGUCGGUGCGGCGCAACCCCGUAUCGGCUGCGCCGUGGCAGCUUGCGCUGUCGCUGGAGCUCGCGCUCGGAAAGCAAAAGGCGUACGCGGACGCUGCGUCCUUCUUGGCGCCGACGUGGGUCGAGUGUGGCGUCAACGUGAGCGCAAUGAACCGAAGCCACGCUGCGUGGGCAACUGCCUCCGCCAUUGACGUCUCGAGCCAGCGGCUCGUCCUGCUGCCGCCUUCGCUCUUGAUGCUGGCGCACCUCGCCGAGCUGGAUCUGUCGAGAAACUGCCUCUUGGAGCUGCCCGAAGCGCUCGGCCGGUCGUUCCCGCAGCUGCGAACCCUCAACGUGAGCUGCAAUGCCCUGCGACGCCUGCCCGACGCGAUCGGACACCUCAAGUCGCUCGAGGUCCUCGACGUUGGCCACAACCACUUGACCGAGCUCCCGCUGCUGCUAAGCCACCUCACCAAGCUCACGGCGCUCGACGUCUCGUACAACCUCCUCGCGACCGUGCCCAUGACGCUGCGUGGCCUCAAGCAGCUGCGCCACCUCCGCGUCGCCGGCAACAUUGCGGCCGUCGACGCGUGGCGGCGUGUCGUGCCUGGCGCGGGCCUGGACGGCGGCAGCAGCUGCUCGCUUUGCCAGGACGGACGCCACACGCAGCGGCUCAAUGGCGUUUUGCUCUGCCCCCGCUGCAUCAUUCAGGCAAUGGCGCCCCUGCUCUAA